GGGACUUCUGGCCUCGCUGGCGUGGACGUUUGCGGGGUGACGCGUUGGUCCUCACUCUCGCAACUGUGCUGGGAAGGAUGGUGGGGAGACUGGGGCUCACUUCCGCUCCGUUGUAGGACCCGGGGUAGGGUGUUGAGUCCGUGGGAGCUGCCCCACGCGGCCUCGUCCUGCCAACGGUCGGAUGGCAGAGGCGAAGGACGCAGCGCAGAUGUUGGUGACCUUCAAGGAUGUGGCUGUGACCUUUACGCAGGAGGAGUGGAGACAGCUGGACCUGACCCAGAGGACCCUGUACCGAGAGGUGAUGCUGGAGACCUGUGGGCUCCUGGUUUCACUAGGGCAUCGGGUUCCCAAACCAGAGUUGGUCCACCUGCUAGAGCAUGGGCAGGAGCUAUGGACAGUGAAGAGAGGCCUCUCACACCCUACCUGUGCAGGUGACAGAACACAAGUUCACACCAGAGAGCCAACCACUUACCCGCCAGUCUUAUCUGAGCGGGCCUUUGUCCGGGGAAGCCUGACUGUGGAAUCUUCAACCUCAAGUGACUCGAGGUUGGGGAGAUCUAGGGAUAAGGAAGGGCUUUUGGAAAUGACACCAGAGACAGACCUCCACAAGGAGACCCAUCCUGGGAAAGCGAGCAUUGAAGGUGAAGGUUUGGGGACAGAUGAUGGUCUGCACUCCAGGGCAUUACAAGAGUGGUUAUCAGCAGAUGUUCUCCAUGAAUGUGACUCACAGCAACCAGGGAAAGACGCCUUGAUUCAUGCAGGGACAAAUGCCUACAAAUGCAAGCAGUGUGGGAAAGGUUUUAACAGGAAGUGGUAUCUUGUUCGACAUCAGAGGGUUCACACUGGAAUGAAACCCUAUGAAUGCAACGCGUGUGGGAAAGCCUUUAGCCAGAGCUCAACUCUCAUUCGGCACUACCUCAUCCACACUGGGGAGAAACCAUACAAGUGCCUUGAGUGUGGAAAGGCCUUCAAACGCAGGUCAUACCUCAUGCAGCACCAUCCAAUCCACACUGGAGAGAAACCCUAUGAGUGCAGUCAAUGUCGAAAGGCCUUCACCCAUCGGUCUACUUUCAUUCGCCAUAACAGGACCCACACUGGAGAAAAACCCUUUGAGUGCAAAGAAUGUAAGAAAGCCUUUAGCAAUAGGGCCCACCUAAUUCAACACUACAUCAUCCACACUGGAGAGAAACCCUAUGAUUGCAUGGCAUGCGGAAAGGCCUUCAGAUGCAGCUCAGAACUCAUACAGCACCAGCGGAUUCACACUGGGGAGAAGCCCUAUGAAUGCACCCAGUGUGGGAAGGCCUUUCACCGGAGCACAUACCUCAUUCAGCACUCUGUCAUCCACACUGGGGAGAUGCCCUACAAGUGUAUCGAGUGUGGGAAGGCCUUCAAACGCAGGUCACACCUUCUGCAGCACCAAAGAGUCCAUACAUGAGAGAACCCUAUUGUUGCAAUGAAUAUAGCAAAGCCUUCACCCACUGUUCUUAUUUUAUCAUUCAUAAUGGGACCCACACUGGAGGAAGAAGCCCUUCGAGUGCAAAGAAUGUCAGGAAACUUCAUUUUUUUCCUCAGCUCUUUCUUAACUAACACAUGAGCAGUCACUUUGGAGAGAAACCCUGUGAAUACAGUGAAUGUAAGGAUCCCUUCAGUCACCACUCAGUUCUCACUGCAGAAGGAUUCAUGCCAGAGGGAAAUGUGGAAGGCACUCCAUCAACAUCAGAGGACUCAGGCUGGAGAAACAUUCCAAAUAUAACUCUUAAGGACAGUCUUUGGCCAGAGGAAAAAUCUUAGUAUCCGAGCAUCAUAAUGAAAAGUUACUACAUAAUUGUCAUUGAUGUGAGAAAACUUUCUGUGACCAGUUUCUCACUUACUUGUCCUAUAAAGAGCCAUGCUGGAAUUUGACCCACCUCAGGAUUUUCUCUAUGAACUUAUGAAAACCUUCAG